UAGCUGGGGCGACUGUUAUAAUAUUAAUUGUACGGCAUUGUAUUGUUCGUUAUGGAAUAAAUCAUGAAACAUUUAAGCCUUCCGAUUUUACUUAUUUUGUUAAUUUUAUCAUCGUUGGUGUUACUGUACUUGUAAUUGCUGUUCCAGAAGGUCUCCCUCUUGCAAUAACACUCUCGCUAACAUAUUCCGUUAAAAAGAUGAUGAAAGAUAAUAAUUUGGUGCGACAUUUGGAUGCAUGCGAAACGAUGGGUAAUGCAACUGCAAUUUGUUCUGAUAAAACGGGUACCUUAACAACUAAUCGGAUGACUGCCGUACAAUCUUUUAUUAAUGGAAAAUUUUACAAAGAAUGUGUUCCAAAUUUUAAACAAUUAGAUGAAAAAACACGUCAUCUAUUGAUUGAAGGAAUUUCUAUAAACAGUGGUUAUAAUUCACAAGUAAUGCAACCUGAAAAAGUUGGUGCACAAAAAAUACAGCUUGGAAAUAAGACAGAAUGCGCACUUUUGGGAUUUGUACUCGAUUUGGGUCAAAGUUAUGAAAAUAUACGCAAAGAACAUCCCGAGGAAUCACUCAUUAAGGUUUAUACAUUCAAUUCGGUAAGAAAAUCAAUGAUGACCGUUAAAAGACUUUCAAACGGUUAUCGAGUUUAUGCAAAAGGUGCUUCAGAAAUUAUUUUAGCGAGAUGUUCCUAUUUCCUUGGUCCGGAUGGAAAAGUGGAACCGUUUAGUAGUGAACAACAACAGGAAAUGAUAAGGAAUGUUAUCGAACCAAUGGCUUCUGAUGGCUUACGAACAAUUGGACUUGCCUAUAAGAAUUACAUAUCAAGCGCUGAAGAGGCUGCUGAAAAUGAUACAGUAUAUGAAGGUGAAAUUGAUUGGGAAGAUGAAGAGGCAGUACGAAUGAAAAUGACUGGAGUAGCUAUCGUUGGCAUACAAGAUCCGGUAAGACCGGAAGUUCCAGCUGCAAUUGAGCGUUGCCAGAAAGCUGGUAUUACUGUUCGUAUGGUCACUGGUGAUAACAUCAAUACAGCACGAUCAAUUGCUACUAGUUGUGGCAUUUUAAAACCCGGAAGUGGUUUUUUAGCUCUCGAAGGAAAAGAAUUCAAUGAGAGAAUUCGUGAUACAAAUGGUAAAGUGAAUCAGGCAAAAUUUGAUGCAAUUUGGCCAAGAUUACGAGUACUUGCCCGAGCACAACCGACCGAUAAAUAUAUCCUUGUGAAAGGAAUCAUUAAUAGUAAAUCUUCAAAGAACAGGUAA